UCUCCUGCGCCAGUUUUUGUACUUUUGCCGUUGUUCGCCUAAAUGUCGAUGUUCUUCAAUCCAAAGUUAGUGCCUAGGUUACCGAAUGGAUUUCAUUCUCGAUCCCUUCUGCCUCAAAUUAGGGUUGUAGUCAGGUUAUUAUCUGAAUCAUAUUCGACUGAUAGAUGCGUUCAAGAUAGAGAAUCAUAUACAGUGUCUUAUUUGAUAAAUUCGUGUGGAUUAACCGCGAAAGAGGCUCUAAAUUCAUCACGCAAGUUACAUUUCCGAUCAGCAGAGAAGCCGGAUUCCGUUAUUGCCUUCCUCAGAAGCCAUGGAUUCACCAACGCACAAAUCUCCAAUUGUGCGAGAACACACGCAGAGUUACUCGUUUAUAAUCCUUCAAAGGUACUCUUACCAAAAUUCAAUUUCUUUCACUCAUUAGGAAUCUCUAACGACGAAUUGCCACAGUUCGUCUCCACCAAUUGGAAAGUAAUUCUAAUAAGCCUUGACAAGGGGAUGCUUCCCCUUCACAAGUUUCUUAAAGAUGAGUUCAAUUUGGACGAUAAGAAAAUCGCCCUCUGUAUAAAGAAAUCGGCUUGGUACUCCGGGAAAGACAUGUUGAGUAGUUUAGCUGCCAAUAUUUCUCUUCUCAGAGAACUCAAUGUUCGAGAAUUGUCUUUAUUACACUUGGUAUGCAAUGUAAUCAAUAUCCUUCUUGCAAAACCUGCCCGGUUCAAGGAAUUUGUUAAUAAGGUUAUUGAUAUGGGAUUUGUUCCUCAGAAGUUGACGUUUGUUCAGGCUCUGUGUAUGUUUUCUGGUACAAGUAAUUCAAUGUGGGAGGUGAAGGUUGGAAUUUACAGAGAGUAUGGUUUUUCUGAAAACGAGUUUCAAAUGGCUUUUAAACUGCAUCCUCUUUGUAUUGGUUUAUCUGAGAAAACAUUACGAUUGAAGAUGGAUUUCCUGGUGAAAAAGAUGGGGUUGAAGCCUGCUGAUAUAGCCCGAAUGCCAACUGUUCUUCUGUACAACUUUGAGAAGAGGAUAAUUCCUAGGUGUUCUGUAAUUGAAAUGCUAAGGUCUAAGGGAUUGUUGAAGAAAGAAGUUUCUAUUUCGACUAUAGCCUACCCAUCUGACAAGUGUUUUAUUGAUAAGUUUAUCACUAUGAACUGUGAAACUCUUCCUCAAUUACUAUGCAUUCUUCAAGGUAAAUCUAUCAUCCCCAAUGUUAAAUCAUCAGUUUCAUUGUUAGACUCGUGACUUUGCAUUAAAUUUGCUUAAAAUUGGAUUUGAUCUUGAUAUGCAUUCGGAUUAGAUGAUGAAUAA